UGAGUCCAGAGUUGAAUCAUAUAAAUCUUACUAAUGGAUGGUGACGACGACAUCGGGGGUUUGUGGUGUUAUUAUCCAAUUUCCACCUCUUUUAAGAGUCUCAAGUCCCAAUUGGCCUCUGCUGUUGACAACAACAAACCAGCUAAGUUAAGACGUACACUAGCUGAAAGUGGAGGAAUCCGUUUGAGGGACGCCGCAGGAAGAACUUUAAUACAUUACGCGGUUCAACGCCAAAGGUUAGGAAUCCUUGACGUGUUAUUAAACACAGAGGGCGCACCGAUCGACGUCGAGGACUGGAACCUCCAAGAGACGCCUCUGUCGUUGGCUUUGCGAACACGCGCGGAACCUCUAGCAAUUAAACUAAUUGAAGAGGGUGCCGAUGUCAAUGUUGUAGAUAUCAGGCGACGUUCGCCCUUAUUGCAUGCGGUGUCAAAUAGGUGUUUGCAAGCUUGUAGACUUUUGCUCAACAAGGGUGUCGAUAUGAACCUGGGUAGUGACACAGGACAGACGCCUUUAUUGGUUGCUUGUAAAAAAAACUGGGUUGAGGGUGUCUGUAUGCUUUUGUACUACGGAGUUGAUGCAACGUCAAUCGUAUUAGCGGCCAAUGCACAAUUAACGCGCAUUCCUUUAGAAAUACAAGACAUCUUGUCAGACUAUAUCUUCGACGACUACAAAAUUCCCGUGCAUUUAAAUGUUCUAAUGGAAGCUAUGACUUCUCAGACUGCCUUUAGUGACACGCUAUUACAAAAGGUGUCUCAAAUUUUGUACAAGAAAGAGGAGUUUGACCAUCUCGUCUGCAAAAUUCCGCGCUUGAAGUCACAUUAUUUGCAGCUCUUUAUAGAACAGUUUGAAUGUGCGUUGAUAGAUUUGAUUUUGCACGAUGAUCCGCUUCUGGUGUUUGGUGAAUUCUUGAAGCGCGACACAAAUUCACCAGAGGAAAAUGCUACGGCGAUCGAGAACUUGUCCCUCCUUGUCAGGAGUCAUUUAUGCUCUUGUAUGGUCAAGAGUAUAAAUAACGACAGCAGAAAUCCCGGUUACAAAUACACAGUCGGUGAUUUUUUUAAGCAGUUGCCUAAGUUGAGUGAAACCCAGAUUAAAAUACUAAUGGAUGUAGUGUCGCAGCUCUUGAAGCAAGGUCUCCGAAUUAACUAUUACGAUCUCGGUGUUGUCUACGUCAAGUACGGUUACUGUCCACUUUUUAAACAGAUGAGUCUGUUGAAUGUUGGUAACUCCUAUAUGAGAAAAAAGCGCAAACAACUUCUGCCGCAGCUGAUUUGUGAUGUUAAAAUGACGAUGGAGGAGUUUUUAGUGAACAACGACCAGUACGACUCCAAUUAUUUGCAUCUAGUACUGGAUCACUUCAGCCAUCCUCAACUAAAGGAGAUUUUUUUGAACGUGAGUGAUAAGUUUGAAAGGAAAGUGAAGAGGUUACCGCAGGUUCCCCUGUUGAUUGAGUUGGCCAGAAAUGCAACCCGGAAGCAUCUGGUCGACUUUUAUAAAAUCAGAAAUUUUAGACAGUUGGCGUGGGUUGUGAGAAUGUUGAAUAUGCCGGAAAAGUGCAGGAAAAUUCUCACGUUUGAAGAGAAACUUUAUCCAUGAAAAUGUGCCAUUUAUGGGGUAUUUGUACCCAGUUUUGUAUUGAAUAUGGUCUGGUGACCAUUUUAAUAAAGAGUUAUUUUCUGAA